CACAAGACGGUCACAGUCGAUGAUACCGUCGCUGCGAAUUUUGUUGUGACUUCCAGAAAAAAAAUCUUGCGGUCUCUCAUAUUGAUCGUAAAGUAUAAUAUACAGACCAAAUACCAACCUGUCAUGACUGGGAUAUGGAGAGCAAGUUCUGCUGGUAUAAGACUGUCAAACCAACUUUCCAAAUGUGUGUGUCGCUGUUUGGGUUCAUCAUCUGUACAGCUCAGCAAGUUUGUGAUGAAAGGUAUAGAAGAGAAAUCAGGAAAGAAAAUGCUAAAUGUUACUUGGCAAGAUGACACUUCAAAUGCAUAUCCCUACAUAUACCUUCGGGACAACUGCCAAUGCUCACAGUGCUAUUUCAAGGAUUCUAAUCAGCGCCUUGUAGAUGUCGUAAGAGAUGUUGAUCUGAAUAUCAGACCUACCAAUGUUGAAAUGAGUGAGGAUGGAAGUAAACUUUCAAUAGCAUGGCCAGACAAACACGAAACCACUCUUGACGCUGACUUUCUGUUCGUGAAGCGGCUACCAACUGAAGCAGAGUUAAAAGACAGAGUUUGUGAGGAUGUAACUACUAGGAAAGUGAACCUUUGGGGAAGUAAAUUUAAGGACCACAUUCCUCACAUGAAAUAUCAUGACAUUCUUCAAGAUGAGAUGGUGGAGUUUGAAUUUUUAAACAGUUUGUAUAGAUAUGGAUUGGCCCUGGUCACUGACAUGCCAAUUCAAGAUGGGCUGGUGGAAAAGCUAGGGGAACACAUAGGUUACUUGAGAAUGACAGCUUAUGGGAAAACAAUAGUGGUAUCAACAAGGCUACAGGCCAACAGUGUUGCCUAUACAAGUUACACAUUGCCUUUACAUUCUGAUCUGCCGUACUAUGAAGCCAAACCAGGGAUACAGAUGCUAUUUUGCAAGGAACAGACUCCAACUGAAGGAGGAGAAAAUUCCCUGGUUGAUUCAUUUCAUGUUGCUCAGCAAUUAAAGAAGGAAGAUCCUGGCGCUUAUGAGUUGCUCACCACAACUCAUAUUCUUUUCAGAACAAGUGGAACUGACAUACUUGGUGAAUAUGAUUUGGAAGGUGCAAGACCACUUCUUGAGCUAGAUCAUCAUGGCAGACUAUUACGAUGCAACCACAAUGAAGGCUGUAGACUGGACUUUUUGGGUGUGCCAGCAGAAAAAAUCCAUGAGAUGUACAAAGCCUAUUAUUCAUUAACCAAGAGAUUGAAAGAUCCUAAAAAUAUGUUUCUUCACAAGCUUUCUCCAGGAGAGAUGAUUGUGUUUGAUAAUGACCGUGUCCUCCACGGAAGGGAGGGGUACACUCUUUCAGAGGAAGGGGGUAGAUGUUUGGAAUCAGCAUACAUUGACUGGGAUGUAGCAAGGUCCAGAUUGAGUGUCUUAGGGAAGAGACUUGGUAAGGGUCCUGUGGCCAGAAUGGACAGUAAACUUAGUGUUACAGGACAGUGGUCUGUGUCAUGAAAUUACCAUGUGCAAAAAUAUUCAACAAUAAUUAUUUGCUAGAGGUGAAUUGAACAUGGUGCAAUAGCUCUCAGUACAAAAGAAGGGAUUAUUCAACAAAAUUUCCUAAGCCUGAGGCAAAGAAUU